UCUCCACGCGCCUCCUGGGUUCCAGCCAUGAAGCCCCCCUCAGGGUUAGAAGAGGCCCGCCGGCCAGCCUCAGAUAUCCGUGUGUUCGCCAGCAGCUGCACGCUGCAUGGACUUGGCCAUGUCUUUGGCCCUGGUGGCCUGACCCUGCGCCGCGGGCUGUGGGCCACAGCCGUGCUCCUGUCGCUGGCAGCCUUCCUCUACCAGGUAGCUGAACGGGUGCGCUACUAUGGGGAGUUCCACCAUGAGACGAUCCUGGACGAGUGUGAAAGCCACCGGCUCACCUUCCCAGCUGUCACUCUGUGCAACAUCAACCCACUGCGCCGCUCACGCCUUACACCCAACGACCUGCACUGGGCUGGGCCCUCACUGCUGGGUCUGGACCCUGCUGAGCACACUGCCUUCCUGCGCUCCCUGGGCCGGCCCCCUGCACCACCCGGCUUCAUGCCCAGUCCCACCUUUGACAUGGAGCAGCUCUACGCCCGAGCUGGCCACUCCAUUGAGGACAUGCUGCUGGAUUGCCGCUACCGAGGCCAGCCAUGUGGGCCGGAGAAUUUCACUGUGAUCUUCACCCGGAUGGGGCAGUGCUACACAUUCAACUCGGGUGCCAAUGGGGCAGAGCUGCUCACCACCCCCAAGGGUGGUGCCGGCAAUGGGCUGGAGAUCAUGCUGGAUGUGCAACAAGAGGAAUAUCUGCCAGUGUGGAAAGACAUGGAGGAGACCCCGUUUGAGGCAGGGAUCAGAGUGCAGAUCCACAGCCAGGAGGAACCCCCCAUCAUCGACCAGCUGGGCUUCGGGGCUGCCCCCGGCUAUCAGACUUUUGUGUCCUGCCAAAAGCAGCAACUGAGCUUCCUGCCACCGCCUUGGGGCGACUGUAGUUCCGUAUCUCUGGACCCCGACUUUGAGCCGGAGCUCUCGGAGGAUCCCCUGUCCCCCAGUCCCAGCCCCAGCCCCAACCCUCCCUACAGCUUAAUGGGGUGUCGCCUGGUCUGCGAGUCCCGCUACGUGGCUCGAAAGUGCGGCUGUCGAAUGAUGCAUAUGCCUGGCGGCGCGCCGGUGUGCAGCCCCCAGCAGUACAAGGACUGCGCCAACCCGGCCCUGAACGCCAUGCUGCGGAAGGACGCGUGCGCCUGCCCCAGCCCUUGCGCCAGCACGCGCUACGCCAAGGAGCUCUCCAUGGUGCGGAUCCCCAGCCGCGCUGCCGCCCGCUACCUGGCUCGGAAAUACAACCGCAGCGAGGCCUACAUCGCGGAGAACGUGCUCAUUCUGGACAUCUUCUUUGAGGCCCUUAACUUUGAAACAGUGGAGCAGAAGAAAGCCUAUGAAGUGUCAGAGCUGCUCGGUGACAUUGGGGGUCAGAUGGGGCUGUUCAUCGGGGCCAGCCUGCUCACCAUCCUUGAGAUCCUAGACUACCUCUGUGAGGUGUUCCGAGACAGGGUCCUGGGGUAUUUCUGGAACAGAAGACGCUCCCAGAGGCACUCCAGCACCACUCUGCUUCAGGAAGGGCUGGGCAGCCAUGGAACCCAAGUUCCCCACUUCAAUCUGGGCCCCAGGCCCCCCACCCCGCCCUGUGCUGUCACCAAGACUCUGUCUGCCUCCCACCGCUCCUGCUACCUCGUCACCCGGCUCUAGACAUGCUCUGUGUGACCUCGGGGCCACACUUUGACAUCCUGAAUGCCCUGCCUGCACAUCUUUGCUAUCUUCAUCCCAAAUAAAGCUUUAAUGUUUCUGC